AGACGAUUGAAGAUAUUCAAUCAUUUGCAAGCAAUUCUGUUUCGAUCUGCAUUGCGCCUGGUCCGGAUAUACCUAUACGCUGUCGCUAGCGCUUGCUCUGGUGUUUCAGUGUGGUGUCGCAUCCGCCUGAGUGAGCUCAGCGCUUCAGCUUCGCCCCAGUAAUUAACACCGUUGCUAUUCUUAUCUCGACGUUGAACUUGCCUGGCGGGAUUCUGAAUUCCUCUUCCGCUCCCCGUAUUAUCUUCAAUUGUUCUCCUCUGCUGGAUUGCUUGCUUCUUGGGUCUUCUUUUGGGUAUCUCCAGCUCCAGCACUAUGUCUGGCCGUUUCGUGCGUUCAUCCAAGUACCGCCACGUCUUCGGACGCUCAACGCGAAAGGAGCAAUGCUAUGAUAACCUCCGUAUCUCCCGGAAUGCCUGGGACACCAACCUCGUCAAGGUCAAUCCUCGUUAUCUCUCCGUGAAUUGGGAAGCUGGUGGUGGUGGCGCUUUUGCUGUGGUUCCUCUCGAGGAGCGGGGCAAGCUGCCUGACAGGAUACCUUUGUUCCGUGGUCACACCGCUGUUGUUUUGGAUACGGACUGGAAUCCGUUCAAUGAUGAGGUUCUUGCCUCUGGUUCUGACGAUGGCCGAAUCUGCAUAUGGAAGGUUCCCGAGGGGUUCACAGUCACCCCUGAUGUACACGCCGAUGACAUUCAAGACGUUGCUCCUGUCAGUAAGCUCAGUGGUCACCCGAAAAAGGUAGGGCACGUGCUCUUUAACCCCGCGGCCGAGAACAUCCUUGCAACGGCGUCCGGCGACUUCACGGUUAAGAUUUGGGAUGUUGAGGCUGGCGCAGCCAAAUUGACCCUCAACCUGGGCGAUAUUGUACAAUCGCAAUCAUGGAGCGCCAACGGCUCUCUUCUCGUCACAACUUCCCGCGACAAGAAGCUACGCAUAUGGGACGUGCGCCAGGAACGCCCUGUCCACGAAGGUCAGGGUCACGCUGGAGCCAAGAACAGCCGUGCUGUUUGGCUGGGUGAGCGCGACAGAAUCGCCACUACUGGAUUCUCCAAGAUGAGCGAUCGACAACUGGCGCUCUGGGAUAUCCGCUCCCCUCAAGCACCCAUUGAUGGCUUUAAGACCUUGGAUUCGAUCUCUGGUGUUUGCAUGCCCUUCUGGGACGAUGGCACCAACUGUCUCUACUUGGCUGGUAGAGGUGACGGUAACAUCCGAUACUUUGAGCUCGAGAACGACAAGUUUGAAUUCCUUUCCGAGUAUAAGUCUGCCGACCCCCAGCGUGGUAUCGCUUUCAUGCCGAAGCGUGGUGUGAACAUCCACGAGAACGAAGUUACCCGCGCCUUCAAGACCGUCAACGAUACCUACAUUGAACCCGUCUCUUUCAUCGUUCCCCGUCGCGCGGAAUCAUUCCAGGAUGACAUCUACCCGCCGGCUGUUGGAUUGAAGCCCGCCAUGAACUCCUCUGAAUGGUUUGCCGGUAAGGAGGCUAUUCCGCCAAAGAUCUCCUUGGGCAGCCUCUAUGAUGGCGAAGGUUUGAAGGAGGUCACCGGUGUCCAAGACAAGCCCUCCUCCAGCGUAGCCACCGAGACCAAGGCCGAGCCAGAGGCAAAGCCUGCUUCCCCAGUCAAGAAGGCUCCUGAGCCUACGCCUGUGGCUAAGCCUGCCCCGUCCAUGAAAGAACAGGGGGCUUCAAUGGCUGCAAUGGUCAACAAAUUCGCAGAUGACGAGGAACCCGAAGUCGUUGAAGAAUCUAGCUUCGACGAGCCCUCCAAGCCAGUGGAGCGCCCUGCCCGCUCUGAGACUUCGUCCCCAUCCGUCAAGGCCAGCCCCUUCCUGCAAAAGGAAGAGCAGGCCAAGACGCAGACGCCUCCCGCCGUGGCCUCGCCCACAACCGCCGAGCGCUCUUCCGGCCCUCCGACCCCCAGCGCCGAGCCCACAGCGCCCCUAUCAAGCACCACCGGCUCCGUCGCGGCAGGCUCAGCAGCCGACGCUGUGCAGCGUGAGAUUGGCGCCAUCAAGGAGCUACUCGCUGAACAGACCAAAACGAUCGCAUCUCAAGCUGAGCAGGUGCAGAACCUUACUGCUGAGAUCGAGGCCCUCAAGGCUAAGCUGGGCUAGCCUUAAAAUCACCGUCCUCGCUUUGAUCCUCAUUAAUGCAUUUCUUCUCUGUACUCUACAUUGAUUUCACGCCGCCUUUCCUGAAUCACCAUCCAGCCGCUGUUUAGCCCUCUUGCCUCAUUUUAUCUUCUUUUUAUCUGAGUGGGGAAAAAAAAGAAUCACGGAUGCAUGCAUGGAUGGUUGAUCCUCUGCUCUAGUCUCUCGUUCCUACUACCCCCAUGUUCAUAGCCCUAAACAUCAUUCUCACUGUUAUGAUUUCUGUCUGUCUGUCAAGUAGAUGUGCUGCCUUGCGAUGCGAUGUGGUGCGAUGCCUCUUCUUCUCUUUUCUAUAACUAGCUCACGGCAUGAUUGAUAACAAGUGUUGAUACCUGACCUUCCCAUGUUACAUACCCAAGUAUUAUCUAGUAACUAGAGUCGCUGGUGCGCACAACCUCCUGGAAUUCGGGGUGUCCCGUCGAGUAACAAAUACACAGACAGUACUUAGCCACGAGGUAGUAUAAGUCUCUCG